CAAUCAGCAUUCAUUUAUUUUCAAGAGAGCAUUCAAUCAAUCGCACACACACGCUCAGAACAGGCUCAGCAAAUAAAAUAAACACAAGUUUAUUGUUACAAGAUAUUUUUCAAGUCCUCUAACAAACUAUGGACGAUAACGAGAAUGAGAAUGAACCAGUUCAGGAUGUUGCACAAGUGCAUAUUGUAGUGCAUAUGGAGGCAGAAGAAGAUAACUGGGAGGCAUCAGAUUCGGAUUACUCAUACAGCAGCGAUGACGACGACGCAUCCGACAACCCAGAUGGAGACCUAGAUACUGAUUCGGACUAUAACGACAUAAUGGACAUGUAUGGGUUUGAAGAUUUUGAAGAAUAAACCACCCAGGUCUACGCAAAACAAUGCAUCCAAUUUAAAAUUUAUCAGCGCAACGUAUUCUCCAUCAUCAUGUAAGAGCAAAGCCCGAUUACCAGGAUUACACAUAAAGACGUUUAUGAAAUACUUUCAGAACUUAUUUUCAAACAACCUAAAGAACGCCGCUUUCACAAUAGUCCCUGAACAUCAAUAUCCCGCCAUCAGGAAAUCAAUAAGCUGUGACUUUCUUCUUCGCGAAAAGAACAACAUACCAAUUAUAAUGCUUUAGCAAUUAUUAUCAAACAUCCAAAAGGAAUGUGACUUUUCAACGAGCACACAAACGAAAAAAUUCUAUUUUCUUAUAAUUAGUCAAGAAAUUAAUGUUAUAA